AUGGCUUUGAUAAAAAACUGUUUGUGUUGCAGCGUUGCGAUCGCGUCCGGAUUUUUCGCCGCUUAUUUGUUGAUCGCCUACUUGAUAGCGUUCGCAUUCGAACUGCUAUGGAUCAUCGAAUCGGAGGCGGCCUUGCCCAAUGCCGCCAUACUCCUUUGCGCCGGAUAUUUCACAAUGGCGCUCUUCGCCGCUAUGCUAAUACACGGUUUAGCAACAAAAACCACCGUUUGCCUGCUGGGGUGGAUGCUCUCGGUGAUGCUCCUCACCUUUCCAGAAGCCGGACUCGUCAUUUACAUGAGCAUUCAAUAUUGGAGAAUAGAAAGCAUGUUGGGAGUAACGGAAUUAUCCUGCUGGUUGAUCAGGAUAGUCGUGAACCUGGUGGAAAUCAUCCUGAUACAUUCGCUACAUUCCGCUUGGAAGCACGAGCAACUGGUGCACAAGAGAUUAAGAGACUUGAACUUGAUGAACGUGGCGGUACCGGCGGAGAACGCGCCGCCAUUGAACAGCCAGUACUACCACAACAACGGCUACGAACAUUCCAUGGAACACAUCGAAGGGUACAAUUCAAUGCCGGAUAUAUGGAACGCGAUACCGAUGUUCAGCUACGGAAUGUAUAGCACGAGCGAAUUCAACGCCAGCAUUUUUGUGCCUAACAAUUCUAUAGGUAAAAGGGCCCAAUCGAUGAUGGACCUUCGACUGCUUGAAGAGCACGCUAUAUUCGGCGAGAAACCCGCCGGGGAAGUACCUGCAGCGCCGAAGUUAUCCAAAUGCGCCUCUUUGGACGCGUUGAACGGCGAGAAUCGCGUGAUAAGGAACUGCACGGGGUUCUACGCGCGCCCCAUCGAAGACUACGGCGUGCCGAUCUACUACGGGCCCCUCGACGGCCCCGAUUUCCUCGUCUACAAGAAGCGCCUGGACAAAUCGUCCAGCAGGAAUUCGCUCAGCAACACCACCAACACGUCCGCGGACGACGUGCACAAAUACAGGGACAUCGCUCUAUAA